ACAUGCACGACGUUGAUGGAAAUGCCAUCGCCUCCGACGGAGAGAACCAACCGUUCAAAUCCAAUGCAGACACAGACAUCCCAAGUAUAAAUCAUCGUGAGACAGCCACCUCAGAUGGCACACCCAGAAGCAGUAUUGGUUCAGAAAACACCACUACACCGACUGAAGCGUUCAGUGCAUUGGGCCUGAAACCCGUGAGCAGUGGUACUGAGAACGAGGGCGAGAGCAGUCCUUCUUUGCUGAGGAAGAGGUGCAGUCUCCCGUUUCCGAGGUUGCCGGCUUUACCGAGCCGACCAACAAUGUCGUCGCUGAGACUAAGCAGGUAG